GUUAACACACCUGAUACUUAAAACCCACAGACUUUUUAUUUUUAUUUUUAUUUUUAUUUUUAUUUUUUGGUCCUAUAUUCGAGAAUCCUCGACGAUACCUUCUCUUCCCCUCCAAAUUCAAAAAUUUUGUUUCACAUUUCUCUCCCUCUCACAGUUUGCAGAAACUGCGAAAUUAAGAAGUGGAGAAUUUUUAAUAAAAAUGCAGCAGCCAACUCCUUCAAUGAUGUCUGUUAUGCCUGCGUUUCCUCCAGCUAAUAUCACUACUGAGCAGAUUCAAAAGUAUCUUGAUGAGAACAAAAAGUUGAUCCUGGCUAUAUUGGAUAAUCAAAACCUUGGGAAGCUAGCUGAGUGUGCUCAAUAUCAAGCACAGCUUCAGAAAAACUUGAUGUAUCUGGCUGCAAUAGCUGAUGCUCAGCCUCAGGUGGCUGCAGUACCUGCCCAAGUGGCCCCACAUCCUGCUAUGCAACAAGGAGCAUACUACAUGCAGCAGCAAGCGGCUGCUGCAAUGGCUCAACAGCAAGGUGUUUUCCCUCCUAGGAUGCCCGCACAGUUCACAAAUCCACUUCAUGAGCAACAACUUCAGCAACAACAUCAGCAACAACCUCAUGUACACCACCAGCAGCAGGCCAACCCUGGGCAAAUGAACUUUAGACCCGCGGGACCUAGUGAUGGGAUACAUCCCAUGCAACCUGAAGCGAUGCAUGGGGGUGGUAACGGUGGUGGGCCACCUGUGUCAAGUGACACACGUGGUGGAAACAAGCAAGAUGGCCCUGAGGUAGGGUCCACAGGGGACGGACAAGGAAAUCUGGGUGGGGGUGCCGGACGCGAUAGUGAAGGGGAACCAUGACAAUGCCUUAACAACUUUUAGGCAUAUGAAUGUUGAUAAGUAGGGAUAUGUGUGUCUCCACACAAGAAGACGAUGGUCGAUGGCGGUGGUCUAGCCUCAUCUUUGGUAAGCUUGAAAUAGGAAGUGUAAUUUUCUUGUUUGUUUGUUUGUUAAUUUAGCCAAAGUUAGUGAAAGAUGUAGUGUUUCUGUUAUGGUUGUUAAUUUGUUAUGUCCUAUAACAUGUUGGCAAAAAUUAAAGUCCAGCAUUACCAAAUCAUGCCAAGUAUGAUUCUAGACCACCUUUAUCUAUGGAAUAGAUUGAUGUUUGAUCUUC